CAGAGAAGCGAGGGAACUUUGCCGCCAUUUUUCCCUUUCUUCGAGGUUCUCUCUAAAACCCUAAUCCCCAAAUCUCUUUCUUCCUCACUCUGUUUUUUUUUUGAUGUUAACGAUUCGAUCAUCGAAUCACUUCCGAUGCAUAUCUUCCCUCUUCACUAAAACCCUAAACCCCAACUUCUCCUCCGUCUCGCUCUCCUUUACCCGCCCAGCUCCCCACAGAGCCAUGUCUUCUUCACGCCCCUCCGCAUUCGACGCUCUCAUGUCCAACGCUCGCGCAUCCGCCGCCAAGAAGAAGACCCCCCAAGCCUCCAACCCGCCUCGCUCGCCGAACAAGAGGAAAAUCGAAAAAACCCAAGACUCCGAUUUGGUCAAGACCGAAGCUUCCGAUUCCGCGAAACCCGGAUCGGAUUCACCUUCAAUUGCGGAGGAUUCGAAGAAGUGUGCGAAAAAGUCUAGGUCUUUGACCCAGACGGAUAAGAUCGAGGAAAUGAAGAGCAAAAUCGCGUCGCUGAAGAAGAAGCCCGGCGAGUUCGAUCCGGAGAGAGUGUCGUGUUGGGAGAAAGGGGAGAGAGUUCCGUUUCUUUUUAUCGCGUUGGCGUUUGAUUUGAUCUCAGCGGAAAGUGGGAGGAUUGUGAUUACUGAUAUUUUAUGUAAUAUGCUGAGAACCGUUAUUGCCACUACUCCUGAUGAUUUGGUGGCUACUGUUUACCUUGCGGCGAACGAGAUCGCUCCUGCGCAUGAAGGGGUUGAGUUGGGGAUUGGUGAAGGGUCUAUUAUCAAGGCCAUCUCUGAAGCUUUUGGUAGAACGGAGUCUCAGGUUAAGAAGCUAAACACGGAGCUUGGAGACUUGGGGCUUGUAGCUAAAGGAAGCCGUUCGUCUCAGACUAUGAUGUUCAAGCCAGAGUCAUUGACUGUUGUCAAGGUUUUCAACACGUUUCGACAAAUUGCUAAGGAAAGUGGAAAAGAUAGUACAGAAAAGAAGAAGGAUCGAAUGAAGGCACUCCUUGUGGCAGCAACAGACUGUGAACCUCUUUACUUGACUCGUUUACUUCAGGCAAAAUUGCGGUUAGGGUUCUCAAACCAGACCGUCUUAGCUGCCUUGGGACAAGCAGCUGUAUAUAAUGAAGAGCACUCUAAGCCACCCCCUAGUACUAAGUCUCCUUUAGAAGAGGCUGCGAAGAUUGUUAAACAAGUAUUCACUGUGCUUCCUGUCUAUGACAUUAUUGUCCCCGCUCUUUUAUCUGGUGGUGUGUGGAAUCUCCCUAAAACUUGUAACUUUACACUCGGUGUUCCAAUCGGACCAAUGCUUGCAAAACCAACAAAAGGUGUAGGUGAGAUACUGAAUAAAUUCCAAGACACCGUCUUCACAUGCGAGUACAAGUAUGAUGGAGAACGUGCACAGGUACAUUGUAUGGAGGAUGGUACAUUCGAGAUAUAUAGUCGAAAUGCCGAAAGAAACACUGGGAAGUACCCUGAUGUUUCUCUUGCGUUGUCAAGAUUAAAGAAGCCUUCUGUGAAAUCUUUUAUUCUGGAUUGUGAGGUUGUUGCUUUCGACAGGGAGAAAAAGAAAAUUCUUCCAUUUCAGAUAUUGAGCACUCGAGCCCGUAAAAAUGUGAAUGUCAAUGAUAUCAAAGUUGGCGUAUGCAUCUUUGCUUUUGACAUGUUAUAUCUUAAUGGCCAGCAACUUAUCCAGGAGAAUCUUAAUAUUCGCCGAGAGAAGCUAUACGAAUCAUUUGAGGAAGAUCCUGGAUAUUUCCAGUUUGCGACAACUCUUACAUCCAGCGAUAUUGAUGAAAUACAAAAGUUUCUUGAUGCGUCCGUAGAUAUUGGCUGUGAAGGGUUGAUCAUUAAAACAUUGAAUUCAGAUGCUACCUAUGAGCCUGCAAAGCGAUCAAAUAAUUGGCUAAAACUGAAGAAAGACUACAUGGACAGUAUUGGGGACUCUGUGGAUCUUGUACCAAUUGCUGCUUUCCAUGGACGUGGCAAACGCACAGGUGUCUUUGGUGCAUUUUUACUAGCUUGCUACGAUGCUGAUAAGGAAGAGUUUCAAAGCAUUUGUAAAAUAGGUACUGGAUUUUCUGAAGCUGUACUUGAAGAGCGGUCUACCAGUCUUCGCUCUAGAGUGAUUGCUACUCCAAAACAAUACUACCGAGUUGGAGACAGCCUCAAUCCAGACGUUUGGUUCGAACCCACUGAGGUCUGGGAAGUAAAGGCAGCUGACUUGACAAUUAGCCCUGUACAUCGUGCAGCUACCGGCAUUGUGGACCCUGAUAAGGGAAUUUCUCUACGUUUUCCCCGUUUGCUACGUGUACGGGAAGACAAGAAGCCAGAGGAGGCAACAUCAUCUGAGCAGAUUGCUGAUAUGUACCAAGCUCAGAAACACAACCAUCCGAGCAAUGAUGCCAAAGGUGAAGACGAUUGAACAACUGAAGUCUGAUCUUCGAGCCAUAUACGCACAUCGUGUGUUUCAGUUUUUAACCUUUGAAGUGCUUUUGAAAAAAAAAACAUUUUUAGGAAACAAAAAUUAAUGUGAGGUUCUGAUUCAUUGCCAUGAUAUAGGCCCAUUGUGACAUGGUAGAAC